CGCUCACAGCUGUCCAGGAAAAGAGGCUAAAAGUUGAUUUCAGGGCGGUUUGGUGGUUGUUGGCCAAGAAGAAGGGAAAAUAAUGUCUGGAAGUUUUUAUUUUGUCAUGGUCGGUCAUCAUGACAACCCUGUGUUUGAGAUGGAGUUCCUGCCAUCUGGGAAGCCUGAAUCAAAGGAUGACCACCGUCACCUGAACCAGUUCAUUGCCCACGCAGCCCUGGAUCUGGUGGAUGAAAACAUGUGGCUGUCAAACAAUAUGUACUUAAAAACUGUGGACAAGUUCAAUGAGUGGUUUGUUUCUGCCUUUGUCACCGCAGGACAUAUAAGAUUCAUCAUGCUGCAUGAUGUGCGACAAGAAGAUGGAAUCAAGAACUUCUUUAAUGAUGUAUAUGAUUUAUACAUUAAGUUCGCCAUGAAUCCAUUCUAUGAAAUCAAUGCACCAAUUCGCUCAACAGCUUUUGAGAGGAAAGUCCAGUUCCUCGGAAAGAAACACCUCCUGAGUUAAUCACUUCACACACGCAAUGAUCCGAAUCCAUCUUGUGUAUUUGUUGUACAUACAUAUACAGUAUACUUAACACACUUGUUUAAUGUCUUUUAAGUUUGAUGUCUUUUUCAGUUUUACAAAUGCAAAAUGUGUUCCAACACAGAUGUGGAUUUUCUAUAAAGCAUUUUCUUGUCUGA